AUGGAGGAUCCUUUCACUCACCUUCUACAUCCUGGUCAGAAGUACCACAAAAAAUCAUACGAUCGCCUUGCUGCUACCAAGGACACUUUCAACGGCAACGGCAAGACAGUCCUCAUCACAGGAGGGGCGACUGGAAUUGGAUUCGCAGCGGCCAAAGCAUUCGCUGAAUCCGGUACCAACCGUAUUGUCAUCGUCUCCCGCAGCCUGGAGCCCCAGCUUGCCGCCAAGGCUGCUCUCGAGAAAGACUUCUCCAAGACGAACGUCGUCUUAUAUCAGCUGUCUCUAACCGACUUCCCCGGAGUCACAGCCAUGAUCAAGGAGCUCAAGACCAUCGACAUACUCACCCACUCGGCUGCAACUGGCCACGACGAUCACGCCGAGCCCCAGAGCGCCGACUCGAUCGAUCUGGACGAGAUGCAGAGGAUCUUCGAUGGCAACAUCAUGGGCACUUACAACCUCGCCAAAACCUUCCUCGCUCUUCCCGCGCCGCCAUCAGGUCGAAGAACCAUCGUCAACAUCUCAUCCGUCGCCGCCCAAAUGACAAUCUCAAACUGCAUCGGCUACGGCGCCAGUAAAGCCGCCGGCGUGAUGCUCUUCCGCUACCUCGCGGCGGAACGCAGCGAUGUCAAAAUGUUCUCAGUUCAUCCCGGGGCGCACUUCACCCCCAUGUCAGCCAAGGCGGGUUUCAAGAUCGAUGCGUUUCCCUGGGAUGAUAUUAAUCUUCCAGCUCACUUUUGUCGUUGGUUGGCGACGCCGGAAGCAGACUUUUUGCAUGGGAGGAUGUUGUGGGCGCAUUGGGAUGUUGAUGAGUUGGUGGGGAUGAAGGAGAGGGUUUUGGCUGAUCCUAAUUUGUUUACGCAAGGACUCAUUCUGGGAUGA